AGUGGGAAAUGCGCAGAAGCUCCUCUGUUCUUCACAUCAUUACCAUUUAUCGUGUUAAUCUGUUGUGUAUACAGUAAUUCAAGAAAAGUGUUUAAUUCUUUAAUUUAGUGGAUGAAUUUUCAUAAAAAAGAAAAAGUAUGAGCGGGCAACGGUACGAGAAAGCUGAGAAGCAAAUUGUCUUCUCAUAUCACGACAUAAAGUCCAAGAAUUUUCCAUGUGUCCAGUGCAAGCGUCAAUUCUUUAUCAAAGAGAAUAAUUUUUCUAAAAAGGACUCACAUGUUCCUUUACUGUUACCAUGUGGACACACAAUUUGCGAUUAUUGUCAUCAUGCAAAUUAUAAUUUGAGUUGUAAUGCUUGUGAACAACCACAAUUAAAAAGUGAUAAUAAUGAAAAACCUAAACUUCCUAUUGAUGUUUACACACUUGGAGUUGUUACUUUGUCACAUAAUCGUCCUGUCAACUUAGCUGAUCCUGAUUUAAAGUUUUAUCAGACAACAAGCUCAAAAAUUCGUCAGUCACUUUCUCAAGAUCGCUGUAGUGAAUGCAUGAAUAGAGCUGUAUCAAAAUGUGUGGAAUGCAAUGUUUUAUUAUGCAAUUCUUGCCAUGCAAAGCUUCAUGGACGAGCAUUGGAAAACCACCGUAAAGUGAUGAUCUCUAAUUCACAAAGCGCUGCUGAUGUAUCUUCGUACACUAAAUGUGCAACUCAUAAUCAAAAGCCUUUUUCAUUUUAUUGUCAAGUGUGUGAUGUAGUCGUUUGCUCUGAUUGUUUACUUGAAUUACACAAUGGACAUACAGUCGAGUCACUUUCAUCAAGGAACGAGAACCUAAAGGAGAAGUUUCACAGUGCCUACCAGAACAUCGCAGAGACGCUUCAACGAGUUCAUCAGACACAAAAGAGUGUAGAGAGACAUCUUCAAUUUCCAGAUCAAUUACAAAACAGUGACAUGGUGGAGGCAAAUAUAAAUCAGUAUUUUGCUCAUAUUCAUGGUGUUCUUCAACAAAUUGAAAGGGAACUUAUUGAAAAAAUGAAUUCACAACGAUCGGCAUUAAGAAAUCAUAUGGAGAAGAUAAAAAAAGAUAUAAAUGAAUAUGAAGAAAUAUUACAGGACAAUUUACUGAUGGCAGCUUCAGUGAAAAAUUCUCUACCUGAAAUGGAUUUGUUAAGUCUUAUUAAGAAAUUAAAAAAUGUUGCCAAUUUACCUUGUCAUUUAAUAAAACAGCCUGUUGUCAGUGAUCAAAGAGUUAGAUUCGAGGCUGACAAAACAAUUGUGGAUAUUUUGAAAAAUCACUGUUCAAUUACAGUUCCAAAAAUUGUUCCAUUCUCUUUGGUUAAUAGUGAUAAUUUACCAUCUAAUCAUACUUUAGAACCAAUAAAUCUAAAGGACAUUCCCAGUUUAUGGGAAGAUGAAGAAAAAGAACGGCCUCCAUCACCAACGCCUUCAAUAGCUACUUCAACAUCUUCAAUAAAGUCCAAUCGCUUGUAUGAAGAUUCUCUUGUAAAAGGAGGAUGUGUAAUGGUACGUGUAACACACAUAAUAGAUCCCUCUUUUUUCUACGUUCAACAAGCACAUCUUCUUUCCGAAGUUGAGGCAUUUAAUAAACAAUUAUGUGAAUAUGUUUCAAAAAGUGAUCAAAGUCCUAAGGAAAUUUUAAUAGGUUCAUUGUAUAUCGUAAAAUAUAUGAAUAGUUGGUAUCGUGGCCGAGUACUAAAGUUUCAAAAAAAUCAGCAAGGUGAAGAAAGAUAUGAAAUAUUUUAUAUCGAUUAUGGAAACUUACAAAGUGUUUCCAUUCAGGAUAUACGAUAUAUUUCCCAACAAUUCUCAACUCAACCUGCCUACGCCAUUAAAUGCUCUUUGUAUGAUAUUGUACCAAAGGGAGAAAAAUGGAACAUGACAGCAAAUGCAACAAUGCAGCGUUUUAUUAAAGAAAAUGUCGUACCAUCGGCAAUGUCUAUAUUUGAUAUUGUUGAUAAUACCUAUUUCGUCGACCUUGAAAUAAACACUAUUGAUAGAAAACUGACAUUAAGAGAUAAUUUGCUAAUGACUGGAUUAGGUACUUAUACAAAUUCAAGAACUCUAAAGAUAAUAAAUCCAAGUUCGGUGAGAAAAUUCUUUCAUCAGGAUCUUAAAAUAUCAAAAUUUUCAAAUGCAAUGUGCUCGUACGUGGAAUCUCCUGACUCAAUAUACAUUGUUUUGAUAAAUAAUAGCACCGAAAAGUAUAAAGAAAUGCGAAAUGAAAUGAAAACAGAAUAUAAGAAAGGAAAAUCCAGAAAACAUUUUAUUCAAUCACCAGAAAAAGGAAUGCCUUGCGCUGCUUUAUAUACUGAUAAUUAUUGGUAUCGAGCUAUCAUCUGUGAUGAUCCCUGUGCACAAACGGUUGAAGUAUUUUUCGUCGACGUUGGAAAAAAGGCAAUAUUGAGUUUUGACAAAAUUCGUAAAAUUCAACAGAAAUUCAUGUAUCUCGCAACACAGGCGAUACAUCUUAGCUUGCAAGACGUAGCUCCGACUUCAGUUGGAAGCACAAAAUGGAAUGAGUGCUCAAUAGAGUUUCUGAAAAAUUUCUUAUACAAUGCUAAAGUAAAAGUAUUCCCCCACAGUGAAAAUAAAAUUAAUCCUUUUUAUAAAUCGUACAGUGUUUCCAUGUAUUUAUUAGAUGAAAAUAAAACGAACGUCAAUGUUCUACUUGUCUCAUCAAAUUUUGCAAUCAGCACAGGAAUAAGUUCAGAAAUUGUUGCACCAAAAGUAAGAAAAAACAAAACGAACUUAGUACAAAGUAAAAAAUCAAAUUAUGGUGGAUCGAUUGCAUCUGAAACAAAAAGAUCUGAAAAAGUUGUCGAUGAAUUGGAACCAUAUAGAUUGCGAAUUGUUGUCUUAAAUGCAAAAUCACCAGAUUGCAUCUAUGUUGCCGAUCCAAUGAAAGAGCAAAUGAAUAAUAUUCUACAAGCAGAGAUGCAAUUAUUUUACAACAAGCAUAUUUCUGCAAUAUCAGAAAUUGAAUGGCAAAAAGAUCAAAUGUGUGCAGUUUAUUCACGAAAAGAUAAAGCAUUUGUUCGAGCUAAAAUAUUAAAUGUUUUAUCCGAAACAGAACUCAGUGUACUUUUAAUUGAUUUUGGUUUAGAGGAAACAGUUCUUAAGGAUGAUGUACAACCAUUAGACAAAUCUUUACUAUCUACACCGCGUUAUCAAUUUAAAAUUAAACUCGCUGAUAUUAUUGCACCUGGCGGUACAGGUUCGUGGCCUUCUUCAUCAUGUCAAAAACUACGUGAAAUUAUUAACGAAAAUGAAAACUUCAGAUUCUACAUCACGAAAGUGGCAGAAACAGUAGACGAAGUAAUACCAGCGGAACUUUGGAUGAAAGUAUCAAAGCUUGAUGAUCCAUUUGGUUCAGAUAAAAUUGAGAUGCAAUCUGUCAGUCGAUUAUUGACAGAAGUUGGAUUGGCAAUUCCUAUUAAGAAUUAUUCGCAAGCUAUUACCAGAGCCCUUGCAAUGGACGUGCAAAAACAAUUAGAUAAAAGUGAACAAAACUGUGAAAAUGACUUUGGUGAAAUAUCAUGGACUAAAAUAAAUAGUAGAGAAAAUACUUUAGUCAAUUCGGAUAAUUCAACAUACAAUGAUGAUGUUGAAUCAAAUUCAGAUAGUUACAGUCAAUCUGAAAGCCAAGAGAAAAAUUUAAAAUGGAUUCCAGCAGCUAAAAUUCAUAAAGAUGCAUUUCGCGCCACUGCAACCAACGUUGACACCAAAUGCCAUAUAUAUUUGCAUCCAGUUGAACAAAAUGAAACCAUAAAAAAGAUUGAAAAUAAUUUGGAUCAGAAAUACAGUGGAAAACAAAGGAAAUCAUACAAUCACAAAUGGAAUGUGGGUGAUAUUUGCGCAGCUCAAUAUCAUAACAAUCAAAAAUGGUAUAGAGCACAAAUUAAAAAUAUCGAAGAAGAUAAUGUUCUGGUUGAAUUUAUCGAUUAUGGAAAUACAGAGGAUUGCGAAAUCACAGCAAUAAGGAAAAUAAAUAUUCUUCAGAAUAUUCCAAUUCAAUAUACAAAGUGUAUUGUCCAUUCUUUUCGUCCAGAUAAUCCAAAAGGAAUUUGGCCAACGCCCUAUUUAGACAAAAUACACUGUCUUUUGGUUGAUAAAGAAUUUGAUGUAAAUGUGAUAAAAAGAACAGGCAGUUCUCCAGAAAUUUUACAUGUCUCAAUUACAUUAUUGCAACCGAAAUAUUGCGAUCUUGUUACAUAUGUUUAUAAAGAAAUGCAAUUGAAUAUUCGAGAUCCUAAAGAGAUUUUCUCUGAGUCAGAAGAAUCCAGUUCGGAAAAGAAUACAAGUUUGACAACAGUUAAUAAUGACCACGUUGAUGAUGUACUUAUUGAGGGUUUCUUAACUAAUUGUCAAGAUUAUCCAAAUGCAGGUCUAGAGUACGAGUCUGAACUUUUAAGAACUUUUACAAAAGACAGCGAAAUGUCAUGUAAAAAAUCAAAUAGCAAUGCAGGUUCUGAUAGAGGUAGUGAAUUUGAAUCUGAAUUUCCAACAUUAAAUACUUCUACAAGAGACAAAUGUACAAAAUCAACAGUGGGAAUAGCAAGUAGUUUAGAAAGUCUUUCGUGGCAUAAUUUGGUGAAGAAUGAUUCUCGAAUGACAACUUCAACACCACAGGUGGAAUUAAAUAAUUCCGAAGUAAAUUCAGAAAUAUCUGAUAACACUGUUUCAUCGUCAAUUGAGGAGUCUAGUGAAGAUAAUAUAUUUCCGGAUAUUCUCAAUCUACUUAAAAAUGAUGAAUUCAUACGACUGGAAAUGUCAACUAUUACGAAGAAAGGAUUGAAAAAAAAUGAAGUAGAAUUUCUUGGUCACAUAACUGGAGGCAAUAAGAAUAUCUACAAAGUUGUUGGCAGAUAUAAUCAAAUGGAUAGAGAAAUUCAAAAAAUAGCAUCAAGUCAACCAUUUAUUCAAGAACCAAAGAUUUAUAUGCCAUGUUUUGCUUUAUACACAGACAAUAAUUGGUACAGAGGUUUAAUAACCAAAUACGAAGGAUGUUCCGAAAAAUGGAGUAUCACAGUGAAAUAUAUAGAUUUUGGAAACAGUGCCGUUAAAGACAUUAAUGAGCUUAGACAAAUGGAUGACAAAUGGAAAUCCGUACCUCGUAUGGCAGUAAAUUGCAAAGUUUAUAAUCUUGUUCCAAAGUAUGGCCAUUCAAAAACAGAAUUUGCACAAAAAGUUGUUAAUUAUUAUGAAAAUAAAACACUUUAUGCGAAAAUUAAGGAAUGCCACAAUCGUAUAAUUACAGUUGAACUGUUUUUUGAUAAUAAAUGUACACAACCAGCACUUUUGCCACUCAUAAAAGAAGACUUAUUUUCGCCAAAAGUUUAAAAUACCAGUCUAAAGAAUAAGACGUAAAAGUAUAAUUAC